GUGUAGGUCUUGCAAAUUUUGCUGAGGGAGGCAUGGAGAAUCAGGUCAACAGUGUACCGCGGGCUACUGGUAAUAGCAUCGAAGAUGAUGUCAAUGCCCUUCGACAGCGUGUGUCUGAAUUGGAGACUAAUCUUCGUAGUGUACUCUAUGAAAGAAAGACACAAGAGGCAGAUUUUGCCCACAAAAGGGCCAAGUUCAAAGAAAUAUUCCUCUCAAGAGAAGAGGAGCUGAUAAAAGAAGCAGAAAAGAUGCGUAUACAGCGGGAUGCAAAGGAGACUGAGUUAGAUGAAUUGAAAACUGUUGCAGCAAUGGUAGAGUCUUCCUAUAGAGAGGAAAUGGAUGAGGUUAAGAAGAAAUGGAAGGAGGAGGUGGGAACGCUACAAACCAUACUAAAAGAUGCGGUUGCCCAGACAACAGAGGAGACUGCACUCACUUACCAGCAGGAGCGACAGAAACUCUUAGCAGCUAAUGAGCUGUUAAAUACAGAAUUACAAAGCAUGCAGCAGAUGAUGGCUGAGAAAAACCAAGGGCCAGGAUUAGAAAAAGACAGCGUAUUUUCCAGCAUGACACGGUCUUUACGUAACCUGACUGGAUCUAACUCUCCAUCAUCAUCAAGAGAUGACAAGCAUCAUGCUUCACAAGAACAGCAUACUCCACCUCAACAGCAACCUCCAUCUCAGCAGAAACCUCCAUCUCAGCAGAAACCUCAAUCUCAGCAGAAACGCACACUGAGCAAGGAAGAAGAAGAUUUAGAGAAGAGUAUGUUAAAGGCACAGAAAGAUGCUGAAAUACUACGUUCUGUAGUUGUUCCUCUGGAGAAGGAGAUUGCGUCAUUGAAGGAGAAGCUUCAGAAUGCUGACAUUGAGAAGAAAGCAUUGGUACACAAGAUAAGGAAGUAUGGUUUAGAUACUCUUGGGAGUACUACCGUAGACAAAGCUCAAAGUCCAGCCACGCCCCCAGAAACUACACUCAACACUGCAGCUGACUUAGAUGAAAAGGUGCGUGCUUUAUCUAGCGUUCUGGAAGCUGAGAAGACAUCUCGCUCAGACAUGGAACUGUAUGUUGCAGUGCUGAACAAACAAAAGAUUGUCAUGCAGGAGGAAAAUGACACAAUGAGAGAAGAACUCAGAGAAGUUUGUCAUCUUCUUGAAAAGGAAAAGCAAGAACACAACAAUCUGAAGCAGACUUGGCACAUGGCCAACAAUCAGUUCUUAGAAUCGCAACGUCUUCAAAUGAUGGAUAUGAGACGUCUGGAGAUGGUACUGACAGAGGAACAGCAACGACAGGUGUUAGAAGCACAGAAGAAAGAUCAGGAAAGAGAAGAAGCUGAGAAACGAGUUGAAGCACUCAAGGAACAACAACGACUCAUGCAAGAGAAAGAGACAGAGAGGUUGCAAGGGCAAUCACAGUCAGACCAGCAGCCUAGCACCUCCAACCCUCAAGACAUCCCAUUUCCUGGAUCACUUGCCUUAAACAACCUCAAUCCUGCUGAUCACAGUGACACUGGUUCCAGUAGGGAGCCACGUCCUAGCAACCUGGGUACAAGGUUAAUAGUUAACUCAUCUGUGUCAGCAGAGAAUUUCACAACACCUAGUCUGGAUCCGGAAGAACUACUACAGUUUGAAACACAAGGAGGCAGUACCCCAUCCGGUCAGCUUGGUUCCCCAAUGCACCGUAGUGUUAAUGAGAUAGCUGCUCAUAGUUUCUCGGACAGUGCUGUGUAUGGUAUGGAUGCAGAGACAACGUCGCUUUCAUCCAGUAUCAGCCUUACUGAGGCUCAGGAACGUGCAAUCAGUGGUAAGGUGAAAGGUACCAAUGAAAAUGGUGGCAUUGUACCUUGGAUACUUUCAUUUCCUAAAAGAUUGUGCUUCACGUUUUUAAGAAUGAUUGUUGGCUGCAAGAUGAGACUAAAUCUGUAUUUUACUGCUGUACUACAGUUGAGUUCUCACGAGGCUAUCACAGGUUAUCUAGUCUUCAGUCAAAUCACAAGCUGUCAGAAGGAACUUAUAAGGAUAGCCAGGGAGAAGCUAGGAAGGCCGUGUGAUAUGUGCAGUAAUUAUGAGCAGCAAUUACAAAGUGUGCAGACCAGGGAGGGAGAAUAUAAGGAACUGACGCAGAGUCUCAGAGUGGAGUUGGAUGCUGAAAGGGAAAAUGUCUCCAGAGAGCAAAGAUUAAGAUUGGAGCUUGAGGAGAGUCUACAGAAUGCUGCAGAAGACGCACAGAGCCAGAUUGCCAAUGCUACCACAAUCAAUCAGGAGUCUGAGAAGUUUCUGACUGAUCUAAGACAGAAAUAUCUGAGGGAACAUAAUGAAAUACAUAGUCUAGUUCAAAAGUUGAUGGAAUCGAGGGAACAGGUUUAUCAAGAGGUUACCAGACUACAGAGAGAGAAUGAUAGUUUGAGUGCAAAGAGAACCCUUCAUGUGUCCCUCAUGUCAUCCGAAGAUUUCAACUUGCCUUGUAGUCCAGAGGAGUUGCAAGCCUUAUGUAUCAAGUACAGGGAGGAUAUUGUUACUGUCCGUGUCAAUGCUGAGCAUAUCGAGGAGAAGUUGAGAAAUGAAAACAGCUUCCUGAAAGAACAGCUAGAAGCAGAACAACACACCAAGAUGACCCUGGAAGAUACCUAUCAGAUGGAGAUGGAAGAAUAUAAAGAAGAACUCAUGUUAUUAAGAAGUCAGAGGGAUGACUUUGAAAAGGAGAAGAAACUCCUUGAAGAGACGCAGCGGACAUUGCAGGAAAUACAAGAAUCCAAGAAAAACAUUGAAACCAAGUCCAGAGAGGUCAUUGCUGCCUUACAAGCUCAGGUUGAGGAGCUACAACAGAUUAAGAGCAAGUUAGAGGCUGAGGCUAGAGAAAGUAAAAACAAGUUGCAGUCUCUACAAGUGGAGUUGGAUAAUAGUGAAGCAGUACAGAGAGACUUUGUCAGGUUGUCACAGUCAUUGCAGGUUCAACUUGAGAACAUCCGACAAAAAGAUAAUGAAGUACGAUGGGAACAUGAAGAUGAUAUUGAGCAAUGUAGAGGGUGUAAAGCUGCGUUCAGCUCCAAGAAGAAAAAACACCACUGUAUGCAUUGUGGUAAAGUCUUCUGUCCUGAGUGUCUUAGUCACACCGUGGAUAGUGGUCCACGUAAACGUAAGAUGCCAGUAUGCAAUAUCUGUCAUACUCUUCUCGUCAAUGAGUCAGCUCCGUAUUUCAGCAAAGAAGCCCCAGAGUCAUAGCAUCGGAGAUGAUGGGUAGGUUUAGUUUGGUAGACAUGUUUACAGGCCCUAGGAAAAUCAGCCGAAAAGACUUGUGAUUUGGAAAUGGUACAUUUUUGUAGAUUUAGUACCACAAUUUGGCUUAAUGUGGUUGUGGAUAAAAUGAAUUUGUACAAAUAUGUACAAAUUCAUGCUCUUUGUUCUGCUAUUAUUUGGCUGUGAUAUCCUGAUUUUUUGCCAAAAUCUGUGUUUUUGUCUUUAGCAAAGAGGAGACUGUUUCAGUUAUAUUGCUGAUUAAAGCUUUAUCAAGAAGUUGAUCGUAUUCUUUCCUCCAAACGUCAGCUGUUAUAGGAUAAUAAUGAUCAUCCAGUUUUUAGUCAAGAAAUAAUAGGAUUUAUUUUUUGUCUGGAUAUCUGAUCAGGCUAUCAAUUUGUCCUGUUUUUGUCUUUCAUGGAUUUUGGGCUUAAAUUGAAAAAUGUAUUUUGCCAAAUCGAAAUUGUCAUUUUUUUAAUGACAAAGUGGCAUCCUUGAUUAAGACAAAAUCUUGAAGAGUGAAGUCAGAAUAUCUGCUUUAAAAAAAGUUGAAAGUUUGUGAGCAGACAUAAGCACGUGUAUAUGCCAUGAUUGGCUCCUUGGACCUUUUUGGGGUCAUUGUGGGCUGCAGAGUGACCCCAAGAUGUAAUGUCUUUGUGCAGUGGUAAACUGUGAUGUAAUCUAGGUUCCUGGUGGGAACAUGUUGAAAGAAUGUUGUAACCAUGGCCAAAAUGGGAACUUGAAAACCAUAGCACAGGCAUUAACAGCAUGCCGGAGAUUCAUCAGUGUAGUAAACAUGUUAUGGUACGAUGUACAAAAAAUGGUUGAUUUCCAAGGUUGUUCAUGUUGAAUAUGCAUGACUUGACUGAGACAGUGCAGCACAUGCUCCAGCCAUCUCCCAUGGUGCAUUGCUGUAUAUCUUGUGUGACAUCCUCCCACUGCAAAUCUGUCCAUCUGAAGAAUUGCUCUGUAAGAUGAACUGAUUAUCCUAGGGCAUUGUCGUAAGAAGGUGCAAAUAUUUCUGUGAUUGAUUCACAAUUGUCCGGUCUUAUUGUGUAUUACUAAACUGAAGUUAAGGGAUUGGUAACAAGUCUAACAUUGCACGGAUUUAAUGAUGAAGCUUUGUAAUUACUUUACAUAUAUCAAGGUUGGUGAGUUAAAAAGUUACAGAUUUUAUUAAUUUAUACAGAGCAUUUUAAGUGAAUUCUUUCCUUGUAUAUACUUCUUCCAUGGGAUAUUGAAUACUACUUAGAUGCAUGGCAUGCUAGAAAAAAUAGGGCAAAAGAAGACCUUUCAGCCCUCUAAAAUCUAACUUGAAAUUAAAACUUUAAAAGGUAAGUUCUCCACUCUGUAAGUUCUACACUGCUUCUGUUCAUGUGCUAGUCAGUAGGUCCAUUUGCCACAUUUUAUUACACCUGUUUUUGACAUGUUGUAUUCCAUUCACUCUUCAACUCAACACUUCUAGCCUUUUCUGUAAGAUGCAUUUUAGGACACAAGUUGCAUCCCUUGCUUUCUUGUCAUUCACCUUUACCUUUUAAUACUGGAGUGUUUGACAGACGCAUUGAUGGAAAUGUCAAUGUCUUACCUUUUCUUAGCUUUGGACCCUAUUAGAAAAAAGUAAUCAAACUGUACUUAAACCAAUGGAUGUGUGGUUUGGGAAAUAUAAGAACUUGUGGUUGAGUUUCCACAUUUCAAGGACAUACAUCAUGCCUUGGCCUUAAGCUUUGAUCUUGAAUACCCACCUGGCAAAGUUAGUUUAUAUAUUUACUGGUCCACAAUAAGUUUCACUUGCCCACUAAAUAUUUUUUCAGCAAAAGUAACUUUAACUGGCUCUUUUCGUCAUCAUACUUUAGAGUCUUGCUGUCAGUUUUAAAACUUAAAGGUGUAGGAUUCAAAACUGUCACAUUUAAUAACAAGUUUGUUUGCCAGUCUUGUGCUAAGUGCCCUACCCUUUGCUUUAACCCAUAUGUUUGCCGCCAUCAAAGUUCUCGGUCAAUUCAUUAUUCGGAAUGAGAUUUUCCACAUUUUUGUUUCAUCACGAGAAAUUCUCUAAUUAUUCUAAUUAUUUCAACUUGUAGCAAAUGUAGAGGAACUGAGUUUCUCAACAUGUUUUUAUAUUCUGGAAUCUAAAGCCAACUCAAAAGAAUUUGUUCAAGUGAAAGUUUGGGUGUGUUGUUUUGUAAUUUUUCUUCUUCCUGUAAAUAAAUGACAUAAAUAUAAAGAUAUUAACAACUGUAAUGGCUUGGUUAUGUAUGUUUCAAAGACAAAAGGUUUUCAGCAUAGCAUGUUGCUUAAUAAUGUACUAAAUUUCAGUAUUGAUGUGAAGCUCUUUUAGAAAAAUGUUUCCUUUUACAGGAUAAAUGUAUUUGCUGAGCAGCUCUGGUUUGUUUGCCAGAAUCUUUCGUUCUUUAAUUACAGCCUCCUCUGGUAAAAAUUUAAAGCCUUACAUUUCCCAGAUAAUCUCUAAUGUCACUUUUGUAAGUUUCAUCAAAGGAGACAAUUUCAGAACUCAAAAGGUCAUGAAUAUUGUGAAGAAAUGAAAAGAUAAAAUUGGAAGCUACACACUUGUAUGUACUUGCCUGCGAUUGGGGACCCCCCCCCGGGGGGAGUCAGGUUGGUGUAGUGUUUCUUUCCCUCGUCUUCCACCUCUGGGGGCCUGGGUUCGAAUCCGGCUCUUUUGUUCUUUUUUUCUAGUCCUGUUUUACAAGGCACUGGUAAUGUGACAAGCUAAAAUGGACUAGUCCCAGAAGACAUUUUAUGAGAGUUGAAUGUAUGUACAUGUAUCUGUGUGCGUCUUCUCCUCAGUCUCUCCCAGGUGACAAAAUGGAGAGGCAGGUGCAAUGUUGACUCCGUGCACCUGUCUCUGCGCAUGCUGCUGGCUUGCAAAAUCACUGAUGUACACUCCAUACUAGAUAUAUAUAUACAAGUAUGAUGUACAUGUUUCACUUUACCAGAGAUGACAACACUUAGAGAACAAAGGAUGUUCCCUGACUUUGGUACAUGUAAGUCAUAUCCUCAGUGAUUAGUGGCUGUGCUUAAUCCAUGGGGAGUAACAAGAGGAAAUACAGUGCCCUCUUCUUGUUGGUAAAGUAACAUACGACUGCAUUUGCUUGUGGUGUGUUGCCGAAAAGGAGGUUAUUUCUUUUUAAAAAGCUCCAUCUUUUAUUCUCCAUAAAGCUCAUUGCUCACUUAAUCAAGUAGUCAUGGGGACACCAGUGAGAAUUUUCUAGAAAUCAAGUUCAAUAUUGGUUGUCUUCUGAACAGUGAUGCUCAACUUGUGUAAGGGUUUGCUACUCAGCAACAAAGUAUGUAGCAUAGUACUAGUGAUAAACAGGCAAGACAUUUUUAUUGAAAUUAAUUAAAGGUAAUAUUCAGAAAUUAUUAGUUGUGGCUGUGAUAAAAUUUACAUAUAUAUGUACCUGUACAGUAUUGUGCUAACGAACUGAAUGCCCUUCAAUUUAGGAAUCCAAAUAUUGGAAAGUGUUAUUUUGGGGCUUGUUUGUGACCUGCUCUAGGGAUGUUAGGUUCAUGGCAAUUAUUAUGCAUGUAGUAAUGAAUAGGUUGGAGGGCUUCACAGCUUAAGUUUAUCAACAAUGCAUUGCUUUUGGUCCAUUUCUUAGUAAUUGCACUGAAUCGUGUUAAUGAUAUUUUAUUACUAAAGCUUGUUUUUACAAGGGUGCUUCUUAAAAACUUGAGUAGAAAGAAAUAAUUUGACUGGAGUUUCCAUGGAAACCAAACAUUUGUCCACCUACCCUAUGAAUUCAUUCAGGAAUGCGGAGUCAUUUGAGUGGCCCAUUUCUAAUCCAGUAGUAUUAUGCUAUAAGAUUUAAUCAUGGUAUUUAUAAGUUAUUGCAUUUGUGAGUCUUCUAUACGUAUUACUUGUGCUUAGUGGAACAGUUGUGCAAUUCGUUAUACAUGUAUUUUGUAGUCACAUAAAAAAAAAAAGGACAAACUCACUGGGCCUCUAGGCAUCUGCUGAACAAGAAGUUACAGCUUUGGAUAUUUAAUUUGCUGAUUAAAGCGUGCCUAGAAACAUUCAGAAAUACAUAUACCUUGUAGUUUACACCAAAUCCAUUCAUAUGAUCAUGAUGCCUCUCCUUUUUGUAUCUGUCACAGUACUUUGUUGGCUGUGAAUACUCAUGGAAUUUUGGUUAGCUUUUAGAAGUGCUACUCAGUUGCACCUACUUUUUGAUGAUUCUGUCUGCUCAACAUUGUUGUUUGCAACUUAUCACAUCCAAUUGGAAGUGUUUGUUUGAGAAACUGUGCUGAAAUGUAACUGGAAUAUGAUACUUUCUGAACUGUGUUGCUCUUUGUACAUGUAUAUAUAUGUACCUGUACAUUGGAGGGUGUAUGCCAACUUGAUAUAAUCUGUGAUUCCCCCAUGAACUCACUCUAGCUUCAGUUGUAUCCGUAUCAAAAUAGUAUUGUUGAGACUUUGUUACCAUUGCCAUGUCACUGUGGCAAUCCUUAGCCAAGACAGAACCUCUAGUCAUGUUUUUGUUUCUCAUUUUGCAUAUGAGACCCUGUAAUGGAUCAAACUUUUGCUUCAAUGAAAUUAAAAAGUGAUAUGCAACUCAAAA